AUGUGCGUCAUUUCCGUUGUCAGGUGGUGCUGCUAUGGAAAGAUGUGAUCAGUUGUCCUAAGAAGGCUUUUCCCUCAAAACCCCUGUCGGUAAUCGUGAAAUUUCUCCAGUUCGCUUGAAACGAACCGCUUCGUGGUGGAGUAUAAAUGUCGGUGCAACCCUGCUGAACACUUGAUCGGCCAGAAAUGAGUGGGAAUUAGUGUACGACAGAGGAUUCCCUCGGCGGUUUUGAUCUGCAGAAUGUCCAAACGUCGUGCUUCGGAACGAGGGGCCGGAGAGUCAUCUGGCAGAGCCAGCAAGCUUCUUUGUCCUGGGAUUUCUGGCAACAAUGCCAAGAGAGCUGGUCCCUUUGUUUUAGGCCCACGACUGGGAAACUCUCCUGUCCAGAGUAUAGCGCAGUGUCUAGCCAGGAAGGAUGGGACGGAUGAUUUCUACCAGCUAAAAAUUCUGACCCUUGAAGAACGAGGGGACACGGCAGGAGAAACACAAGAAGAAAGACAAGGCAAAAUGCUCCUUCACACAGAGUAUUCUCUACUGUCAUUGCUUUCAAAUCAAGAAGGAGUGGUGCACCAUCAUGGCCUCUUCCAGGAUCGCUCUUGUGAGAUCGUCGAGGACAUCGAGGCCAACAAGGUGCGGAGAAUGAAGAGACGAAUCUGUCUGGUGCUCGACUGCCUCUGUGCCCACGACUUCAGUGACAAGACGGCCGACCUCAUCAACCUGCAGCAUUACGUCAUCAAGGAAAAACGACUGAGCGAGCGCGAGGCCAUCAUUAUUUUCUAUGAUGUGGUGAGAGUGGUGGAGGCGUUGCAUAAGAAGAACAUCGUGCAUAGAGACUUGAAGCUUGGAAACAUGGUGCUUAAUAAAAGGACCCAUCGGAUCACCAUCACAAACUUUUGCCUUGGCAAGCAUUUGGUGAGUGAGGAAGAUCUGUUAAAGGACCAGCGAGGUAGUCCAGCCUACAUCAGCCCAGAUGUCCUGAGCGGUCGACCGUAUCGUGGCAAGCCCAGUGAUAUGUGGGCACUCGGUGUAGUGCUGUUCACCAUGCUUUAUGGCCAGUUCCCAUUCUACGACAGUAUACCUCAAGAGCUCUUCCGCAAGAUCAAAGGAGCAGAGUACUCCAUCCCUGAGGAUGGACGUGUCUCUGAAAGUACAGUGUGUUUGAUCAGGAAGCUCCUGGUGCUUGACCCCCAGCAGAGGCUCACCGCCACAGAGGUGCUGGAGUCUCUGAGUGCAAUCAUCGCAUCCUGGCAAUCUGUUUCCUCGAUGAGCGGCCCUCUGCAAGUGGUGCCAGACAUAGACGAUCAGCUUAACCACCCUGAGCAUCUUCAGGAGGCGAAAGUGACAGAGGAGUCGUCUCAGUAUGAAUUUGAGAACUACAUGAGGCAACAGCUCUUGUUGGCAGAAGAGAAGAACACUAUCCACGAGACCAAGAACUUCCUCAGCAAGAGGCAUUUUGGUAACGUGCCUCCAGUGAGGCGCCUCGGCCACGACGCUCAGCCCAUCAGCCCUCUGGACGCCGCAUUACUGGCCCAGCGCUUCCUCCGGAAGUAGAACCACCGUACUGUCACCAGGAGUGAAGCGAGCCACGGAACUGGGCGCACACUUGUGUAUGUUUGUGCAUGUGAGAGAGAGAGAGAGAGAGAGAGAGAGAGUGUGUGUGUGUGUCCGGCAAACACUGGCCAAGGAACAGCUCAGCACCCUGUCGCUACAUUCAUCAGCACAGGACACAAACAGGUCUAAUGAGACUCUGAACACCAUGUCCACCUUUGCCCAAAUCUGACACACACUCACUCACUCACACACACGCACGCACACAUAAACAGCAAUACCCCAACAGAAUCAUGUAGCAGAUCACACACACAUAACACACAACCACCCUUUCCCAUCCACCUCUCCCCCAGCACUUUCUACAGGAAUGCCUCGGAUCACAUGAUCAACCCUUUUGUUCUGUUCCCAUCAACCAUUAUGUCUGUUUCACUCUGACUGCAAAUCUACCUCUUACCAUUUUUUUUCUAUCUCUCUAUUUCCUCCUUUCUCGGUCAGUUUUUAGCAGCGCUCUCCGUUCUGAAAGCAGGACUCGUCGUGUUGAGCGGGAGACAAGCACAGGCUCAAGAGCAUUAGCAUUGUGGUUGUGUAACUAUCUUGUCAAAACCAGUGAUUGGUUUUUUCCUUGAAAAUAAGCUCCCCCUCUCCUCUUCUACUCAAACAGUAGCAUUUUGAAUACGAUUAUUCUUUCUUUCCAUUGAAGAUGUUAACUAUCACAAGUUAGAAAGCUAAUAACCUCAUAUUACCGAAGCGCAUGUUUCACACUCCUCUUUGAAUGGGUUUCUGUUGGCAGCUAGCAUCUGUGUCUGGAUGCGUAGAACCAAAACUUGGCAUCCAAACCAGCCGAUAUGGUACGUUAUCCCAUCCCUUCCACCCUCCCUCCCUCCUUCUCUUUUUUUUUUUUCUUUCAUCCAAUCUGAAGGCACCAAACGCUAAAGACCACCAUUUCCUGUGCAUUUGACCAGUGUACGUUUCAUCGCUUGAUGCGCCACCGCAGCGGACUCUUAAGAGCUGAGCUGGGUGGCACUGGUGUGGAUUUUCUUGCGUCACGCAGGGCUGUGCUUGGAAAAAGACAAGGUACUGGACAGCUGGUGAUGGGAUGAAACUGUCAGGAAGCAGGGCGGCUGAGCCGGUAGUCAUGCGGAAGUCUAAGCCAAGAUAAGCCCUGUAAGCACAGCCCUUAAGACCUCCUUUUCUUUGGUGUCCCUCCAUCAAGAGCGCUCGCCCUCUCUGAUUGCAUGCCAAGCCAUCAAAGUGCAUCUUCCGCCAUGUCUCCGGUGCUUUUCGUUCCCCACACAGAUUUCAGCUGCAGCUCAGGGAUCAUGGAUUGGCCGCUAGGGAACGUUUCCGGCAGCAGUGAUACACAAAGAAACCCAUUGGACAGGGGACUGUCUUUUUGUUUUUAAUCCCAUCUCCUCAUCCACCCCUCAUCUCCAUCUGUGGUCAUUAAAUAAUGUUCAUCAGGAAGGAAAUGCCAUCAGUCUCACUCAAUCCGUUUCUUACAAGGAAACAUUUGACUUUUCUGUUUGGUUUUUUUCCCUCAAAUCCUGUUUUAAGCUACCCCAUGUGUAUAAAGCAUAACUGUGGGAUAUCUUGCCUUAGAUUAUCGACAGAUUCAACCGUGAGCAGUGAAUAUGUACUUUUGAUGCUAGAUUAUAUCUUAGUAUACUAGGCGGUUGGCUUGCAUUGACCUGUGGCUUAGUUUGCAAUGCCUUUAUGUCCGGCUCCACUCAUGUCGUUUAGAUGAAAAGGUCAUUCAGUACUGUAGGUCUCUCAACUCAUGGCUAGCAGCUUGGCUUGUCCUUUUUAACCCGUACUUUAAUUUCCUCUGUACUUCUCGCCUUUCUGUUUUCCUUUGUAAUUUAUUUGCUGUUUAUAAUUCGUCUGCCAUGGUAAAUGUAGAGAUCAUGUAUCACUCAGAAGCAUUGCUGUGAUGUCUCACGUUUUUUCCUUCUAUCUUCAGUGAAGGUUUUUCUUUUAUCGACUUUCUUCUUUUUUUUUUAUUCUUGAAUAAUUAUUGCAACAAUCCUAUUGGUAUAUUAAGCUACACUAAUUAGGAGACUGACUUUGCAUAGCUCUAUUUUUAAGUCAACUAAAUUAUCGUGCACGUUAGCAUAACAUGUAGAGUUUAUCUUGCGAGGUAAGGAUGAUAUCGCACUCUGGCCAGUGUGAAAGACAUCGCAGUGGCGAAAUCAGUAGUGCAAAACCCAGUACAGGGUGUUAGUACUUUGAAGAUUCACACCAACGUUUCAGCGCAAGCCACCAUCGAAAGCAUUAGUUUUUCCCACCUCAAUGUGAAUAUAUUUGAUCGUAAAGCAGUAUUGUAGUGGAUAAUAUGUGUGACUUGAUGACGGAGAAGAGCAAAGUCUUUUGCGUAGUUUCCAAAAGGAGAUCCAAUAUCCUAGGUCCACGUAGAGAUAUCACGAAAGCCAUUAUAUCAUAGCGAAAUCCGUAAGGUUGCAAUAUGACUGCUGUUGAUGUGAUUGUUUAGUCUGUAUCCAAAACCUAUUAAAGAAUUAGUAUUUUUCAGUUUUAAUAUAGCCCCCUUUUCGUAAGUGACUGCAAACGGCCCCCCCUCCACCCUUGCAUAGGCAGUUUCGUGAUGUCCAAAUUCUGUCUGCAGCAUGAGAAGUGUAUGUUGUUGAGCUCUGUAUACAUUUUACAAUUAACAAUUAGUGCAUGAUUCUGAUAAGCAAGACGCGCCACGAGAUGCAGCAGAAAUUGGAGUGAAUGUGGGAGUUUGCAAACGCUGAGUACUCCGAAAAAGACACUGCAAGGGAAAAUCCUAAACAUUAGGUUUGAUUUUCUUUUCUUUUUUUAAGCCACUUUGUGCAGGUGUUUCAUAAAUUGGGAGGUUCGUCUUUUGAAUUGUUACCUUUUUUUCUGCGUCUUUUAUUAAAACUGGAAAAUUAAAAUCUGGUAUAAAAUGAAACUAGUCAAAAGCCUGAAAGUUUGAUGUCGUAAGCUGCUCUGUUAGAAUGGUGUCAAAGGAAAAAAAAAAAACUGGGUAAUUGUACAGAGAUGAAAAACAAAUUUGUAUAAAAGACAUAUUUUUGUACUUCAUCAAAUCUCUACAUGCAUGUCAGCAAUAAACUUUGAUAUGGAA